GUCCUAGCUCCGCGCUGCUCCGUUUUUCCUUUGCGGAUGUAGUUCCAACGGUGACACGCAGGUGGUGAUGGGGCCGAGAUCCGCGCGGAGCGAUCUCCGCAGCCACAAAGAGACGACGUGCUUUCAGCCGGGAGAUCCCAUUACAGGGGGCACGCGCUUUAAAAUGGUUGAAACAAAAGCGUGAGAAGCUCCAGACCAGCCUUUCAGGUUGCAGCGACACGUUUUUCCAAAAUCCGACCUGGCUCUUUUGCCGUAACUUUUAGCGGAUUCACUGGCCAGCCGCGGGGGAAAAUGGAGAAGAAAAGGUGGGAUUGCUCUGCUCUCCCUAAAGGCUGGAAAAUGGAAGAAGUGACCAGAAAGUCGGGUUUGUCAGCUGGGAAAAGCGAUGUCUAUUAUUUUAGUCCAUCUGGGAAGAAGUUUAGGAGCAAGCCUCAGCUGGCCCGUUACCUCGGUAACCAGAUGGACCUCAGCUCCUUUGAUUUUCGCACGGGGAAGAUGCUGAUGAGCAAACUGAACAAGAACCGCCAGAGACUGCGAUACGACAACAACAACCAGAACAAGGGCAAACCUGACUUAAACACGUCGCUGCCGGUAAGACAGACGGCCUCCAUUUUUAAGCAGCCUGUUACAAAGGUCACCAACCAUCCCAACAACAAAGUGAAGACGGAUCCUCAGAAAGCCGUCGAUCAGCCCCGACAGCUUUUCUGGGAGAAAAAGCUCAGUGGUCUUAACGCGUAUGACAUCGCAGAGGAGCUGGUGAAGACGAUGGAGCUGCCUAAAGGCCUGCAGGGUGUCGGCCCGGGCUGCACGGACAAAACGCUCCUGUCGGCUAUAGCGAGCGCCCUGCACACGAGCGCCGCGCCGAUCACGGGGCAGCUGUCUGCGGCGGUGGAGAAGAAUCCGGGCGUGUGGCUCAACACUGCCCAGCCGCUCUGCAAGGCCUUUAUAGUCACAGACGAGGACAUCCGGAAACAGGAGGAGCUGGUGUACAGCGUCAGGAAGAGGCUGGAGGAGGCGCUGAUGGCCGACAUGCUGGCCCACGUCGAGGAGGCCUCCAGCGAGGGGGAGCCCCCGAAGGACGAGGGCAACGGCAGCGAAGACAUGGAGACCGUAUAGCACAGGUUGUUGUGAAGACCGAUUGGACUCAUUCGCCCCCCGUAAACACGAGCGUUAACCGUAGGAUUUCCAUUCCAGUGCGGCCCUUAAGAACUGUCCCUCGGUGUCCAGUCUAGGCGUCCACUCACUCCAGAAGACCCUUGGCAGUCAUUUUACCACCCUUGAUUGUCUCCAUUAAGUGGGACUCUGUGACUGUAUUUAUGAGCGCAGAUUUUUAAUUAGUAAAACAGACAACUAUGAAUGACAACUAUAAAUAUAUUCAAUAUAAUUUCCUUACAAUGUGUCAAAGAUGAGUGUUUAGUGUUAAAUGUAUUUUUUACGAAAAUGUCUCGGAUGGAUUUGUGCUUUUUGUUUGCGACAAUCAUGUCCGAUCCAAAUGGUUCGGGUCAGCAGACAGCCGGCGUGUUUGCUCCUUUUGUUUCGGGCACCUUUUGAGGCGAAUGGUUUUUGUACUGUACUGCAUCCGUUUUUGGAAAUUUAAAGUGAAGCUCAACCUAUCAUAUUUUGUAUUUAAAUGUCUUGUUGAAAUCAUGGUGUGGUUUGUUUUUUGUUUUUUUUUCCUUUAGCUUUCAGAGCGUUUGGUGGUUUGGUUUUGCUUAUAUUUUGUUUUUCAUCACUAAACUGGGUGCUUAGAAAGUUCAACAGUACUUUUGUACAUUUUGGUUUUUUUUUUUUCUUUUUCUUGUAAAGCAUCUGUGUUAUUACACACUUGCCGCCUCUUUUAAAAAUUCAUGCACAAAACCGGCGACGACGGAUGGGAUAGUUUUUAAUCCGUCACUUUCCAAGGAGAAAGGGUUUUACAGUUUCUUUGCUGGCUCACAACAUCGAGCUGGAAUCAUGAAAUGCCCUGCUCAACCUGAGCAGGCUGAUUGCUGAAAUGUGUUAAAGAAAUAAAAUUUGUCACUAUGGUACCAAA